AUCAUGUUAAAGAGGAGGAGACUUCUUUACCAAGAAGCAAAAUUCGUUUAUCUCCCGAAAGAAUAAGGACAAUAUCUGGAGGAAGAUGCAUAUCUUGGUGGUGUUUGUGAUCAUGGUUCAUGUUUCCCAUCAUGUCUCAGCUGUGGACAUGUAUGAGGGCGGCUGGUUCCUGCUGCCUUGUGAGUUUCCCACUUUUGAAGUAGACAACGUCACUGUUGUGUGGAGCCGCUACGAUCUCAGUCCUUCCAUCGUCCACCAGCAUCAGCUGGAUGGUGAUGAACUUAAAGACCAGAACCAGCUUUACAGAGGCCGAACAUCAAUGAGCACAGACGCUCUGAAGACUGGAGACCUUAGUCUGAACCUGACAGGAUUGAGAGUGUCUGACAGCGGAACCUACACCUGCUACGUCAGAUCAGCUGGAGGACAAAGAAAAGUUGCAGAUGUACAGCUGCAGGUCAAAGAACAAUUCCCAUCCUGGGCCACAGCUCUCCUGAUUCUCCUGCCUAUUAUUUUUAUUAUUGCUGUGACUCUAUCAGUACAUUUUCGUCACUUCUUCAUGUCAGUGUAUCAGGUGAAAGUGGAGUCAGGGGAGGAGUCUGUCCUGCUGUCCUGCAAAACCCUAGUUUGUUUGUUAACAGACAUAACAGACAUCAGAGUGGAGUGGAAGGACAAUUUGAACAGAAUGGCCUAUGUGUAUCGGAACGGUUCUAAUCAGCCCAAAGAACAACACAGGCAUUAUAAAGGACGAUCAGAGAUGAAGAGAAACCUGUUAAGAACUGGAGACGUUAGUCUGAGCCUGAAACAUCCAACAGAUGAAGACACAGGAACCUUCACCUGCACUGUUUACAAGGAGGAAAAGCACCUGAUGGAAAAAAAGGUCAUCCUUAAGGUCAAAGUUCAACCAGUGGAGGUAGACUCAGGGGAAAAAUUUGUUCUGCUGCCUUGUAAAACCACAGUUGACCUAACCAAAGACGUCAAAGUGGAGUGGAAGGACAGUAAGACCAGGAAGGUCUAUGUGUAUCAUCCUGGUUCUGAUCAGCCUGAAGAACAACACAGUCUUUACAGAGGUCGAACAGAGAUGAAUCGGCUGGAACGUGGAGACAUCACUCUGAGCCUGAAGGACCCAACAUCCGAAGACAGUGGAACCUUUAUAUGCACUAUCUACAACAGAGAGAAAAACAUCAUGAUGAAGAAACAGGUGCAGCUGAAGGUCAAAGUUCAAUCAGUGCAGGUGGACUCAGGGGAAAAAUCUGUUCUGCUGCCUUGUAAAACCACAGUUGACCUAACUGAAGAUGUCAAAGUGGAGUGGAAGGACAGUAAGAGCAGGAAGGUCUAUGUGUAUCAUCUUGGUUCUGAUCAGCCUGAAGAACAACACAGUCUUUACAGAGGUCGAACAGAGAUGAAUCUGCUGGAAUGUGGAGACAUUAGUUUGAGCCUGAAGGACCUAACAUACGAAGACAGUGGAACCUUCAUAUGCACUGUCUACAACAGAGAGAAAAACAUCAUGAUGAAGAAACAGGUGCAACUGAAGGUCAAAGAAAACCUAACGGAGAGCUUUGAAAGCUUUACAGAACUAAACCCUGAAAAGGCCUACAACAUGAACAGGAGAAGACGAGGCCUUGCUCUCAUCUUUAACCAGGAACAAUUCCACCACCAACUGGGUUUUUGUGACAGGCAUGGAAGUGAAGUUGAUGCUCCCAUAUUGGAGAAAAGUUUGAUGCAUCUUGGCUUUGAAGUGAAGCUCUUCACAGAUUUAAAGAAAGACGACAUUAAUGCUAAACUUGAUAAAGCUGCAAACGCCGAUCAUUCAGAUGCUGACUGCUUAUUACUUGUCUUUAUGAGCUAUGGUGAAGAGGGUUAUGUUUAUGCCCACGAUGAUAAACUCGCCGUGAACGACAUCCCAGACAAGUUCAAAGGAACAAACUGCAGCAGCCUUGUGGGAAAACCCAAAAUCUUCAUAUGGCAGAGUGACUCUGGAACUGAGUGUGAUCGACCUUGCAUCGACACGAACCCUGAGGACAAUGAUGCAGAGGUUGGAUCUGUAAACACGCUGCCUGCUGCAGCUGACUUCAUCAUGUGUCACGCUGCUGCUAAAGGUUACGUCUCCUUUCGAAACACUGUUGAUGGCUCCUGGUACAUCCAGGACCUGUGUGAGCUGCUUCAGAAGUACGGUGAAUCGCUUGAAUUCACAGAAUUACUGACCCUGGUUAAUGCAAAAGUGUCAAAGAGGGAAGCUAGAGGCAAUUACAGAGUAAACCAUUUAAGGCAAGUACCUCGCUUUUCUUCAGUGCCCAAAAAACUGUACUUCCUCCCAAAAUAGUAACAGUUUCCUCAGCCGGAAACAGGGUGGUUGGUUUGAUGAUUCCUUAGGAAACAGGGUGCGUUACAAAGAAUUUUGCUUUUACUUGAUUAUCAGCACUGCUAUUUGUAUAAGCAUUGAUUUAUCAUCCAUUAUUCUCUGAUCUGCUCCUGAGUUGUGUUUGUGUAGUUUGAACAGAUCAUUUUUAAGGUUGUUAAGUAGUUGUGUGAUAGUAGUGAUG